AUGACUUUAUUAGGCGAUUUCUUUCAGCCUCAAAUGCAUUUACAUACACAAAAAUGGGUAAGAUUCAUUGAAGAUAUUGAAGAAGUUGACAAGGAAUUAAAAGAAGAGGACGUUAUCUCUCCCCUUAAGGAUGAUGAAAAAAACGGACUUUAUGUAGCUCUCAAGAGUUUAGACAAUUCUUCAGACAUUCAUAAAGACUUUUUUGGAUGA